GCUCCUCUUGUGAUCCUGCCCCUCCACCACUACCAUAAUGGCGGAGGCAGUUCCUGUGCCCCAGUUACGACCCGUUACACACCUGAUAUUUGACCUGGAUGGACUUCUUCUGAAUACUGAAGAUUUAUAUACUGAUGUGUUUCAAGCAAUAUGCAGUCGCUACGGGAAGAAAUACAACUGGGAUGUUAAGUCCUUGGUCAUGGGGAAGAAGGCUCCAGAAACCACACAGAUCAUAGUGGACUUCCUGAAGUUGCCCAUUUCCAAAGAACAACUAUUGGAAGAAAGCCAGGAGAGGCUGCAGAAGGUGUUACACACAGCUGCGCUGAUGCCAGGAGCUGAGGAAUUGAUCCACCAUCUGAGGAAAAACCGCUUACCCUUUGCGCUGGCCACCAGCAGUGCGACCCUCUCUUUCCAAACAAAGACCAGUAGAUACAAAGGGUUCUUUAGUUUAUUUCACCACAUCGUUCUGGGAGAUGACCCUGAAGUAAUAAAUAGCAAGCCAGCCCCAGAUAUAUUUCUAACCUGUGCCAAAAGGUUCUCUCCUCCCCCUAAUCCAGAAGACUGCCUCGUCUUUGAAGAUUCUCCAAAUGGGGUGGAGGCAGCAGUGGCCUGUGGGAUGCAGGUAGUCAUGGUACCUCAUGAAAACCUCAGCUCAGACCUAACAACAAAAGCCACCCUGGUGCUGAGUUCCCUCCAUGAAUUCAAGCCUGAACUGUUUGGUCUACCUGCAUUUGAUGAGUAAAGGUGAAAAGCGACCAUGCUACUGUGGGCCUCAUAUAACCCAAGGUUGGUUCAGGACCCACAUGACUGAGUGGAAAUGUUAGGAAAUCAACAGCAUCCAAAUUGUAACUUUUAUUGUCACUGGAGGUUAUAAAGUCACGUUUUCCAUUAUUUAUUCAGUCUCCUCUGUGAUUUGCUCUACAUUUGACAGUGGAAAGAAAACGAAAGAGAGCUCAGACUAACCAUCUACAGUUACUAUCUAAAGUAAAGCUGACUUGAUAUACAAUAAAGGGAGUGUGCAAGCAUGUAUAUAUACACGUGAAUAU